CACCACGCCUCGCGCCGAUCUCUCUACACAUGCACGUCGCCUGGUGCAAAGUUCCUCUCCUCUUUGGCUUUACAGAUGUAGCUGCCGCCUUAUUUUCUGGGAAAUGGUGUCCGCGGGCAUGCGACCUUACCCUUGGAUAUGCAACCUUUAACGACACAGAUCCGUGGCUUUCGCGCAAAGUCAGACAAUGUCGAAGCGACCUGAGGAUCACUUCCAUGUACCUGUGCUUCGACGAAUUUUGCAGCUUAGAAGACAGGGAGGUCCCGAAGUUUAUUGCCGAGCAUAGCGAGUGGUGCGAUGAGCAUGCGGGUGUAACGUUGCCUUCAUUCCACGAUGUGAUCGCUCGCUGGAGUCCUGAGGAGAGAGCAAAAUUGCCCAGACACAGUGCAGAUGAGGCUGAUACCUGGCCGGUCUUGAAUACUGUUGUGCUUCCCGAGAGCGAUUUCUUUCGGAGAGCUAUCACGACUUUGGAUGCUGCAUUCUACGAGUACGAUAUCCACCUGGUCUAUGGAUGGUACAUGUACUAUUUUUGGAUUGUUAUUGUAUCGUUUGGAGUCGGCACUCGUCUUCUUGCGUUGAUCUCAAAUGCCCGGAGCCAAGAGUAUCAAGCUAUUGCGGAAGACGAAUCUGCUGGACCAAAGACCCAGCGCAGCCUUCUAAGCUUGCCGUAUACUUUAUUCAAGCGCUACAUUACUGUACCUGCUGCCUUCGGCGACCGCUGCUCAAGGCCCCUCGGUUGGUGUACAAUACCACCUCGAGCUCAGACGCUCACUAUCGCCGCCUUCGUCCUUCUCAACACAGUGUUGUGCUGUGCGGAUUACCGACUCACAGAGGACAAUCUGUACUGGCCGGAAAAGUCGAACCAGCUACUCCGAUAUGUUUCGGAUCGAACCGGAAUCAUUUCGCUCGCCAACUUCCCGUUGGUAUGGCUUUUUGGCAUGCGCAAUGAUGUAUUGAUGUGGUUGACUGGCUGGGGUUUUGGCACAUACAACGCAUUUCACAGAUGGGCUGCAAGGAUAGCAACACUGCAGGCCGUGGUACAUAGCAUCGGAUACACGGUGAUGAUUUGGAACAGUGGUGGCUUCAUAGAGUUUAUGGGCUACUGGAAGAAGCAUUACUUCUGGAACGGUGAGCUAGCCACCAUUGCUAUGUGUUGUCUACUGGCCUUCUCGUUCUACGGCAUCCGCCGAGCCCACUACGAGAUAUUCCUUGUCACGCACAUUGUGUUAUCAAUAGCGGCUCUCUGGUCCAUGUACUACCACGUCGAAAUUUUCACAAACGGUGAAUGGAACAUCUUCAUCUGGCCAUGUCUUUUCAUCUGGAUCUUCGACCGUGUCCUUCGAAUUGGCCGAAUCUUGGCAUUUGACUGGAGGUUCUGGAACACCAAAGCCACCGUCAGCUACGAUCCAGCUUCUAAUCUGGUGCGAAUGGACGUUCCUAUGCCGCGGAAUCGAGUUGCGCCUAAGCCCGGCACCUACUAUUACAUCUAUGUCCUCAACGAUCCCCUCUACAUACAUCAGAACCACCCCUUCACAUUGGCAUAUGUCUCGUCGCCAGAAGACAACGAGCAGAUACCGCUCUCACCAGUAUCCUCGAGGCCAUCCACGCACCGCGCAAACUCGACUUCAUCGUCUGAAUCAGACGCACUCCUCGCACCGAAGCGAAAAGAGUCUUCAGCACCAUCCAUGGUCUAUCUAAUUCGCCCCUACGACGGUUUCACCUCGCGCCUAAAGAAGCACUGCCUCUCGCGCCCCAAGACACUACGUGUUAAUAUCGAAGGACCAUACGGGCACAGUGUGCCUCUGCGCGAUUACUCGAACGUCUUAUUCAUAGUAGGAGGCACCGGCAUUGCAGUCCCCCUGUCGCACCUCGCGCAUCUGCUGAGCCCAGAAUCGCGCGUCCAGAGCGUGAAGAUCGUGUGGGCCGUCAGAGAGCACGCGUUCCUCGCUUCCAUGCUGAAGGAGUACAGGACGCUGCUCGGGGAUGAGCGGUGCGAUCUCGAAGUGCAUGUGACUCAGGAUGUGGGGCACAAAGACGACAUCCCGAAUCAGACGCCACGCGGGGUCUCGAUUGUGGUUGGGAGGCCGAAUGUGCGGCUGUCGAUUGAGGCGGCUGCUGAAGAUGCGGGCCAGGCGUCUCUUGCUAUUGUGGCGUGUGGGCCGGCCAGGAUGGCGGACGAGGCACGCAAGGCGAGCGUGCAGAUGCUUGCGAAUGGGUUCAGGGGAGUUGAAUAUUUCGAAGAGUCUUUCAAAUGGUAGAUGGGCUGCAUAUAAAUGGCGUCUUUGCAUUG